AUGGAAAGUCAAGUUGUGCCGUCAGCUGACUCAGAUCCGAGAAGAACCAUUAAUGUCACCACAUCAAACAUUACUAAUUUUACAAUAUCCACAAACUUGGACCGUCGAAAGUCAUGGGAUCCGUUAGCAGAAAGCCUGAUAGAACAAACCAAACGUCUUAUAGACCAACAACUUGGAUCUCCUUGCUACACAGAGUUACCUGUCCUGGAUGACGUCAUCAAACUUAUAUUAGAGACAGGGUUGGCUGUAAUAAUAGGGAAGGCAGGCCAAGGAAAAACAACUCUUGGUCUCUCUGUGCUGCACCACUUCCAUGAAGUUUGUCAAAUGACCCCAAUAAAAUUAUGGAAUUCGAAAUCAGACGAGUUGCACAAAAUCUUGAUGACCGAUGAAAAAUGCAUCAUUUUAGUGGAUGAUAUUUUUGGAAGUUUUGGGUUUGAAAUGAAACUUUUUGAGAGAUGGCGGCAAAGAUUUGAGGAGUUAUACUUGUAUAAGGGGUUCGGGAAUCCAGACAUGAGGGGUGUGUUUGUCGUUAUUACCUCGAGAAAUAAUAUUUAUUCCGAAAGUCUGCAAUAUCUUCGUUCCUCUAAAUUCAGUCAACACAACAUCUUUACAAACAGAUAUGUCGUCAAUUUAGCAACGGACUACAAAAUGGAUAGACUCUCAAAAAUAGAAAUGUUGGAUAAUUAUUCAAAAACUUACAAAAGGCAUCUCUCAAAAAACCUGAAAAAUAAGAUUGGAAAUGUAGACACACCGUUAGGUUUCCCCCAUCUUUGCAAAUUGUUUUUCUCUCAUGAUAAUUUUUUUCGAAACGGUUUGAAUUUUUUCACUCAUCCUUACGAGGUACUUAUGGGAUAUAUUGAGGAAAUGUUUGACUUUCAUUGUGAUAGGUUUGUGACUCUUUGUGUGGUGUUGUUGUUUUCAAAAGACUCUUGCUUUCCCUAUCACUGUUUGUUAAACAAAACCGAAACUUUGAAAGAAAUGUUAGGGAAAUUUGGGUCAUGUGCACCUGAUUUAGAGAAGCUGCGAAAAAAUCUUAAACUCCUGCAAGGGGUAUUCCUCACCUUCAAUGCAUCCUCCUCAGUAUACGAAUUCUCGCACACCUCAGUUCGAGAAACCGUUUUCACAGUCGCAGGAAGAAAAUUCCUCGAAGUUGUUUUGAGUAAUUGUGGAAAUACAGAUUUAGACCUUAUAUGGUGUGACUUUUUAGGAGAUGAUAAAGAAACAGAUAUUAGACGGAACAAAUUGAUUUUGAGAACGGAAGAAUGUUCAAUGCUCUAUUCUAGAAUUUAUACGGAAUUAAAUCAAAACCCAUAUGAAACAAUCAACUUAAAGAUCAUGCAUCAAAACCGCUUUGUUAAAAACCUCUUGCAACAUUUCGAGAAUACUUCACGUCUCCAAAGCUUGAUUACCAGACGGUACAAUUUUUCAGAUGCAGUCAGACUGGUUUCACAAUACUCUGUUGACAUUGGAAACCAUUCGCCAUCUGUGGUCUUCUUUAGCUACAGAAACCCUGCGUUUUUAUCUCAAAUCAUACAAUGUUAUGAUCCGAACAAUGCCUGGUUUCGACUCGAGAGGAAGUACGCUCUUGCUCUGGCGAUGAACUCGGACUGUCCGCAAGUUGUAGAGAUUAUACUACACUACGGUGCUAUCCACGACAUAUCGGAACACCCUCUGACGCAGUCUGAACAAACUGGAAUUCAUCCGAAGAUGAAGGAUGCCAACUCGGCUCAGAUUGACAUAUCGUCUUUCGAACUCGUGGAAUAUCUGGCAAGUGAAUCGCAUGUUUUAAUACCAAAGCAAAGACGACACACCGGAACUGUAGAUGAACAACUUCUGGUAUAUUUAGAAAAAUUGCGGAUUUUUCAACAAUGGGAUCCAGAAAAGAAAGAAAAUGCCCUUAAACAGGCGUGUAUUCGAGAUAAUGUUAACGUUUUUAAGUUCAUUCUGCAGAAAAGCAACGUGUCAUUUAGCGAAGCACAUCUUCAUCUUCUUGUAGAAACAGAAGCUGACUCAAAUAGCAUUCUAGAGUAUGUUUUGACUGUAAAUCUUUUAACCGAAGAACAGAAAACUGAGGCUCUGAAAAUGAUAUGUCGUCAUGGACAUGUUCAAAAGGCCCAGUUACUGAUAGCUGACGGAAUCCACGUUGAUGAUAGCUUUUUGCAAUUGGCAGCAGGACUAAGCAGUGAUAGUUAUGAAAUAAUUGAACUUAUCUACAGAUCCCGACAAUGGGACAGUCGUCUCUGCGAAUUUGCUUUGCAGACCGCAUGCAUGAAAGGAAAUGUUGAAGUCGUGAUUUUCCUCAUGAAUGCAGGAACGCGACUCACAGACAACUGCUUAGUUUUAGGCGCCUACUCUCCAAAAGCCAUUCCUUUGUAUUCUAUUUUUGCAAAAGCUGAUGAGUGUGAGUGGUCAGACGAUGCUGUGAACAAAGCUAUUGAGAUUGCUUGCGCUAAAAGAGAUUUCUUUCUCCUUGAAUGCAUUUUGAAUAUAAGAAGGACGAAGCAGACACUGGCGAUUGCCUCUAAUUUUCCUGAGGAUUAUGGUCCAGAACAAAUUGUGCACUUUCCUUUGGAGAAAUAUCAAUGGACAAAUGUUGAAAAACAUCUGGCUUUAGCAGUGGCUUGUGACAAGCUGAAUGUGCCAAUAUUUAAAUUACUUCAAGAAUGACAUAAAUUAAUAACUGAUGUUUAGCUCUCCUCUUAUUAUUAUCCUACU